AUGUCUUCUCCUCAGCCCCAGAUGGUCGCCCAGCAGAUGACUGCCGAGGCCCCUGCCCGAGUCAGCUCCGAGCAGCCGCGUCCCAUCGAGCCCAUGGCCAUCGAGUCCACCGCUAGCAUGCGUGGUGGCGACGGCGAGAAGGGUGCCAUCUGCUGCGGUAUCUGCGCCGGUCUUGCCUGCUUCGAGUGCUGCGAGUGCACCGAGGAAUGCUGCGAAUGCUGCUGCUAA